AAAACAUAACUGUUCGAGCUCGUCUUGUGAUCAGACCCACUUUCUGAACUCUGUGAACCAAAGCUUACAACUCCUGUCUUAUUUAUCGGUCAGUUGGAGAUUCACACACCAGAAUGUCUCACACUGUCAUACCCAUGAACUCUUCAACGCUCGUCAUCCAGCUGCAGCCAGCAACACAAACAGCUCGUGGUACGACGGUGACCAAUGCUCCUGUGCCUGUUUAUGUACAACAGGUGGUGGGAGCUUCACCUCUUCAAGGACUUCAGGCAUUUCUGAAAGGACAACCGAAAGCCCUCGGGACGGUCCAGAUAAUGAUCGGUGUGUGGACUCUCCUGUUAGGCAUUGUGUCUGCAGCUUAUGCAGGACUCCUCUUUGUCUUUAGUGGUAUUCCUUACUGGGGAUCUCUCAUCUACAUCAUCACAGGCUCACUCUGCAUUGCUGCAGAAAAUAAAAUGAAUUCACCCUCCGGUUUGUGUUUGGUGAAAGCUUCACUCGGAAUGAACAUUUUCAGUAUUAUAACUGCAGGGAUUGUCAUUAUUUUACUUUCACUGGAUUUGGAUCUAUUUCACGCGUUUACUGCGAUCAAUAUGGCUGUCGUUUCUUCGGACCGGAUCAUCAGGUGGUUACAGAGUCUCGUAAUGGGAAUCAAAGGUGUGUUGUUGUUAUUUGCCGUGCUUGAGUUUAUCAUCUCCAUCUGUCUGUCAGCAUUUGCCUGUAAAGCCAACGCCUGCUGUUGUCCUCCUCAGAAGGUGCAGUUUGCUCAGGUUUUACCGCCACAGUCCUCUGAUUUCAGGCCCAUUCAUUUACAGGAUCUUAACAGCUCAGAGAAAACUGUGCCCAGCAGCUCUUCCAUUCAUCACCAGCCUGCAGGCACUCCUCCACAAUACAGUGAAUGCAAACAAAUAUAAAUAAGUAGACAGUGUUCCCUUAUGAAACAAAAAAUAUAUGGGAACAUAUUGGAAAAUAUAAUGCAAUAUAUUAAAUAAUAAAUUUCCAUUCAUAGUAAACUAUACUUCAGUAUAUUCAUGGGCCAUGUAUGGCUAUAUAUUGAGGCAUAUAAAAAUACAUUUCAGACCUGCAUUACAUUUUUACAUGUAAUAACUUUAUUGAAACACUCAAUUUCUAUUUGAAGAGUUAAUGCUUGGGUUUAUAUAUAGCUGAACACAUAUAUUAUAAAGUGAUAGAAAUGUUUCUGAAUAUGUCACUAUAAUAUGUCACUGGGGAAGUCGUGGCCUAAUGGUUAGAGAGUCGGACUUGUAACCUAAAGGUUGUGAGUUCGAGUCUCAGGUCCGGCAAGAAUUGUAGGUGGAGGGAGUGAAUGUACAGCGCUCUCUUCCACCUUCAAUACCACGACUGAGGUGCCCUUGAGCAAGGCACUGAUAAACUGCUCCCAACUGCUCCAUGUGUGUGUGUUCACUGCAAUUAUCCCAACCAAAUUGCACACACAGCAGAGCACAAAUUCUGAGUAUGGGUAACCAUACUUGGCCACAUGUCACUUCAUUUAAAAAAAAACAAAAAAAACAUUCUCUCUCUCUCUCUCUCUCUCUCUAUAUAUAUAUAGUGUAUAUAUUUUAGUCUGUGUGUGUUUGUAUACACAUAUAGAUGUGAUCAAAUUUGAUACUUUGUGUAUAUCUAUAUAUUAUAAAUAAUAUUGAAUACAUAUUACAUGUAAGUAAAUAUAGUCACAUUUUUUCAAUAUAUGAAAAGCAUUGAUUACUAUAUUGUAGUAUAUUAAAUUGAUUCAUGUAUAUUGAAAAUAUACUGAAUCAUUUAUUGUGUUAAUAUAUUUAACAUAUUUGUUAAUUUAUAAGACCAUGGGCUCUAUCAUACACCUGAUGUAAUGCGGCACGACCCAGGUGUUUUUUGCUAGUUUCAGCCCGACGCAGUCAUCAUAUGCACCACGUUUUUUAAAUAGCUAAUGCAUUUGCGCCCAUGGGUGUGCUGGUCUGAAAAUGAGGUGAGUUCAGGUGCAUUGUUGGCGCAUUGCUAUUUUGAGGCAACUGAAAUAGACUUUUGACCGGGUUUCAAUUGGUCAAUGGUGCAAUAUUUUUUAUUUUUGUUAUUUAAAGAGCGCGUUAGUAAUAUGCGCCUCUGGGCGGGUCCACAGCGCGAUUACACUCUGCUUAUUACACAGACAGGGACGCACAGCAGCACACAAACAUGCCAAAUAUGAAAAAUGUAAGAAUUAAAAUGUAAAAGAUUAUUAUUGUGUACAUAAAUAUCAAAAUGCCUACAUAGUCGUUGCAUGUAUCAGAUCAGAUCAGAGCCUACCUAUUUGCAGUAAUGAAUGUAUUUAAACUGACUCGUCAGGUUGAGGGUGUCUAUCAACAACCAGUAAUCCAUAUCAAAGCCUGGAUCCAACGUGGAUAAACUGAAAGACUGAGUAUUGAACAUGUAAUUUGAGCAAAACAUCACUCAUUGAACUCCUCAGUUUAAUGUUAGUGUAUAUGAUGGGCCAAAUAAUUGGGAGACGGAGGCAGAGGGUCCACCAGCCAAGGUCCACAUAUCUGUCCCCGUCUCAGGUGGACUAUGCCUGUCCUGCCAGCCAGUAACAAACCUCUGUCAUCUCCUGGCAGAUGACCUAUAGACAAAUGCAUACUGCCCAUAUCCACUCCCCAUUGCUGUUAAAGUAACUGCUGCACUACAUUUUUUUUUUUUUUUACAAGUGGGUCAUUCCAACAUCCCCCGAGUUCAACUGGAGGCAUAUCCCAACCGUAAGUUCAGACAUACAUGCAGUGACAUCAAGCCUAGUCAGACAUGCAUACAAAUUCUUUAAAUUCCCAAUGAUGCCUUUUAGCCAAAAUCGGGUUAAAGAGGAGUUUUGGGCUAACUUUGGGUUCCCUGGGGUUGUGGGUGUGAUAGAUUGCACGCUCGUGCAACUACGUGCCCCGUCAGAGAAUGCUCUAAUAUACAUUAAAAGGUUAGUUCACCCAAAAAUGAAAAUUCUGUCAUUAAUUACUCACCCUCAUGUCGUUCCAAACCCGGAAGACCUUCGUUCCUCUUCGGAACACAAAUUCAGAUAUUUUUUAAGGAAUCUGAGAGCUCUCUGACCCUCCAUAGACAGCAAGGGUACUACUGUGCGUCAUAAUACUGUGUGUUGUUUCCUGGAUGAUUCAUGACUGGUUUUAUAUAUUGUGGUAGUUGUUCAUGAGGUUCUUGUUAGUCCUGAGCAGUUAAACUGCUUGCUGUUCUUCAGAAAAAUCCUCCAGCUCCUGCGCAUUCUCAGGUUUUCCAGCAUCUUCUGCAUAUUUUGGAAUAAUUUGUAAUAAAGAAUUAUUUGUGGUA